AUGACGAAGGUCUCAAACGUGGUAUUGAAUGCUUCCAAAGCAGCUUCACGUAAGACGGGCAGACCUCUGAUGCCACCAUUGCAGCUUUACAGGAGAGUUUUGCGAGCACACAAAAAUCUUCCAAUUCAGCAAAGACAGCUUGGGGACAAAUACGUGAAGAACGAGUUUAAGCUCCACAAGAACGCUGAAAACCCUCUGCAUAUUGUUGGCUUCCUUGCCUCUUGGCAGGAUUAUUUACAUAUGAUUUCUAACAAAAACUGGGAAGACGGAACCAUCUCAAAAGAAGUGCUAGACGCAAUGUCCCCAGAGCAAGUCGUACAGCUGUAUGAAUUGAUGAAAGAAACCCAAAAGCUCGUAACAGGUUCUGAAGCUUGA